AUGACUGCAGACGCACCAGCAGUUAACGGCACCGCCAACGGUGUCGCGAACGGCACCUCACACGCGAACGGAACAGCAAAUGGAGCAAAUGGCACCAACGGAGCUGCCAACGGUGUCAACGGCGAGCCCCGAGGAGAUAUCCCAGAAGAUGCCCCGGAGCACUGUCCUGGCCCCGAGUCGAACAACGCAGGCAAGGCCGACGCCUGUGACGGAUGCCCCAACCAGGCCGUGUGCGCCGAGGGACCGAAGGGUCCCGACCCCGACCUGCCUCUGAUCCGCGCGCGCAUGGCAGGUGUGCGGCGCAAGAUCCUCGUGCUGUCGGGCAAGGGCGGCGUGGGCAAGUCGACAUUCACCGCCGCGCUCGGCUGGGCUCUGGCCGCCGACGAGGACCUCCAGACGGGUAUCAUGGAUGUGGACAUCUGUGGUCCCUCCAUCCCGCUCCUGACUGGCCUCGAGCGCGCGACCGUCCACACGAGCGCCGAGGGCUGGUCGCCCGCGUACGCGACCGACAACCUCGCCGUCAUGUCCAUUGGCUUCCUCUUGCCCUCGGCGGCCGACGCCGUCAUCUGGCGCGGCCCGCGCAAGAACGGCCUCAUCAAGCAGUUCCUCAAGGACGUGAGCUGGGGUGACCUCGACUACCUCGUCGUCGACACGCCACCGGGCACCUCGGACGAGCACCUCAGUGUCGUCCAGUACCUCGCCGAGGCGGGUAUCGACGGCGCCGUGCUCAUCACGACGCCCCAGGAAGUCGCCCUCCAGGACGUGCGCAAGGAGCUCGAUUUCUGCCGUAAAGUCGGCGUCCCCAUCCUCGGUCUCGUCGAGAACAUGUCUGGCUUUGUGUGCCCCAACUGCAAGAACGAGUCGCAGAUCUUUGCCCCGACCACGGGCGGCGCCGACGCCAUGGGCGCCGAGCUCGGUGUCGAGGUGCUCGGCAAGGUGCCCCUGGACCCGCGUAUCGGCGCACUGUGCGACCAGGGCGAGAGCUUCCUCGACACGUACCCGGACAGCCCAGCGACAACGGCGUACCUUGACAUUGUGCAGCGGAUUCGCGAGAAGCUUGGUGAUGCGUAG